AUGGAUGGACAUUUCGUCCUCUUACUUACUGACUACGGAAGUAACGAGCCGAUAGCAUCAAUCCCAAUAGGAAAGCACAUAAAAAGGGGAAGGGCGCUUAAACUUGACGAAGCACAUACGCUGUUAUGUGAAGACUUAUAUUACCAUGGGGGACUGGAAGCCCAUGAUCCACGUGCAGACGUCCAAUGGACGCGGUGCCUUUUCUUACAACUUUACAAAAUUCAUAAAAACACAAUUAAUGACGCCGUACGCUCAAAACAAAACAAAAUUGAACCUGUAGAAUUAUAA